GUUGAUUCCUCAUCUGUGCUUGCUUCACCACUUUCGAAAGGUGUUGAUUCCUCCGUCUCGUCGUCCCAUACGCAGCCCCAGGAAUCAGAGCUGACCUUGUGGCAAACGCUAUCACGCGGAGCCACGCAUUCGCCCUUCAUGUAGCUCCGCAUACCUUCCUGGCAAUUAGCAACAGCAACAUCACCUUUCAGUGGGCAGUAGUACCCAGUAGGCUUCUCGCCGUCGCCGGUGCACGGGAGACCUUCGGUGCAGUAAGUAGCGUCACCUCCGACGCUAAUGUUGGUACAGUCGACAAAGUCGGAUCCAGUGAAAGAAUCAGUCUCAUCGUUGCUGUCGAAAUCGCCCAGGAGAUCAUCGUCGUCAAAGGGGGUCGACUCCUCACUACCAGACAUGUCAUCGGUGUACGAAACAACUUGGUCAGUGGUAUCCAUAGUAUUAACCAAGGUAAUUGUUCGUUGGCUUGAGGGUAUUCGGGCGAAUGCGAAAAUGAAGUCUACGAAACCAGUAGCGGCUCAAGUAGGUUGUUACUGUGACGGUUCUGAGGAGCGCUCCUUAAUGGGAGUGUGGGGCUCCAAGUUGCCUACACGAGCUAGCAGUUCAAGGAGGAGAAACGCGAAAUCUAAAACGUCUUGCGUCUUGUCAGCGUACUCGUUGGAAACCAACGGCGCUGAAUGAACAGUUCACAUAGUGGCCAGAAUUGCAGAAAUGCUGGUUAGUUAGAUAAUUGGGGCCCUUUGGGCUUUGCGAUGAAGCAAGUGGCUCCCCGAAUUCUAUAGUCGAUAUCUAACCACAGUUCUGGCUAGAGCAAGCAGCGUCAUGCGUCAAGUGGCUGUAUGUACAAUCUCAAGUAACGGCACAUGAAGUGACUACUUGCGAAAAUGCUUGUCGACGAAGAUUUUUUGCAGUGGACAUGGAUCUUCGUGUGCAUGCUAGUGUCGGUAUGUAGUUCGUGUGACACAAGGGGGGGGGAUUAACAGUUAUU